AUGAAUACAGCAGUGAAUAUCAAUUCGGGCCAGAAAACUGAUGAAGAACAAGUAAAUAAAGAUUCUGAAGGCGAAAUAGAAGAUAGUUCCAAUCCAGCAGAGAACAAUAUUACAGCUGAGACAGGUCUUAAAGUCGUAACUGACACUAUUAUUCAUGAUAAUGCUUUAAUGAAAGAGAAAGAUGAAGAAAUUUUGCAUCUUCGAGAUGAACUUGAGCAGUUGAAGGUUAGAUUAGAUGCAGCUACCAAAAAUAAGAAUAAUGCUGACGAUGAAAGUAAUACUACACCAGAUAAUAAGGAUAGUAAUUUGGAAGAGCUUUCAAAGUUAAGGGAAGAGCGUGACCAUUUUGAAUCUCAAUAUACUACUCUUCUGAGUAGACUAUCUUCCAUGAAAGAUGUAUUUAAUAAAAUGAAGCAAUCCCAACAUGAGCUAGAAACUGUUCAAGAACAAUUGAGUGAGUAUGAACAACAGAAUUUACGAUUGAAAAAAAGGGUAGAUGCUUUAACGUAUGAAAAUGCAUCAUUGGAAAAAACGGUUGUUAGUUUAAAUACUGAGUUUGAUGAUUUAAAUAAAGAUAUAAGACAAAAGGAAAAGCAGUCCAUUAAAUUUGAAUUUGAAAAGGAACAAUUCGAUAAAAACGUUCAUAAGAUGAAAAUUGAGCAUGAAAAGCAAAUCGAACAAUAUGAAAGAAAACAGAAUGAGUUAAAGAAGGAAAAUUCACAAUUAAAUUCCAAGAUUGAAGAAUUAGAGGUCCUUUUAAAUGAAAAAUCACAAGACUUAACAACAUUAAAAGAAGAAAAGCUCUAUGUAGAAUCAAAUUUUAAUGCGUUAGAGAAUGAAAAGGUUACAUUAAUUGAGACAAUUAAAAAUUUGGAAGAAGAAAUCGACACAAUUGAAGAUAAAAAUAAAAAUGAAUUAAAUCAAAAAACAAUGGAAGUCAAUGCUCUAAGAUCUCAACUAGAUAUUUCCACAGAAUCUAAUCAAGAGAGUAAAUUACAAAUCGAGUCUUUGAAUGACAAAAUAUCCAAAUUGAACGACGAAAUAUCUCAAACUUCAAGAAUCUUGGAAGAAUCCCAAGAUCGCGCUGCUCAAAUUCAAAAGUUACGCCAUGAAUCUAUUAUUUUAAAUGAGCAUCUAACAAAAGCUUUGACGAUGUUGAAACAAAAUAGUGAAUCUGACAAUGUUGAUAAAGAAUUAAUAUCAAAUCUAUUAAUUUCCUUCGUUUCAAUACCACGUGGUGAUAAUAGGAAGUUUGAAGUAUUACAAUUAAUUUCUAAUUUUCUAAACUGGGAUGACGACAAGAGACAACAAGCGGGUUUAAUCCAUGGACCAUCAAAAGAUAGUAGUGGUAAGAGAAAGCCAGUCUCUAAAACUGAGAGCUUUGUUUCAAUGUGGACCGAUUUCUUAGAACGUGAAAGUGAAAAAUAA